AUAUAAUGAAAUGAAUGGUUCAAACUAUGGUAUAUCCAUAGACAAGGCUAAAUCAAUAGAAUCAACAAAAAAGAAAUACCAUGUUCCAUUAUAUGAAAUUUUCAACAUGAUUAGCAUUGUAACUUGCAAAAUAUCCCAAAGCAAAGUAUGUUCAAAUGUUCAACAUCAAAAAACAAUAUCCCACAUGUUUAACAACAAUAUCAAACUCUAAAUAUUCAACUACAAAAUCAAUAUCCAACUGUUCUAAUUCAAAAAGAAGAAGAAAAUAAAUGGUUGCAGCUCGUUUUCUUCCAUUUGUAUAAUGAUAUCCAAACUACAAACUCCCUCCAUGCUCAAGGCUUCCAGGACUUGCCUCUCUUUGCCGGUGAUUUGUAUCGUUUGUUGGUAGGUUGUGAUUGUGGUGGCACUACUUGGGAAGUGACACCAAUGCAAUUUUGUACCUGUUGAAAACCAAAUGAUAAUACCUUACACUUAGUCGCCCUAUAAAAUCCAAAUCGUACUCCUUUUAUCACAAUUUACAUAAGUUAUUGUUGAAAAAAAAAAGGAAAAGAAUAAACAAUAGAAAAACUAAAGGGCUACUGAAUGUACCAUUUGAACUUGUGGAGUGGGUUGUGAGCUAGAUACUAUGCCUCUCCCUCUUCCCAUGCCCUGCCCCUCCCCACCUACAAUAUCAACCAAUUUAAUGGACUUCACUUUCAUUAUCAAAAUCUACAAUUAAAAAAAAAAAAUACAACACAAAACAGAUUAUACCUCGGUGUUUCUUUCCAACUAUGAAUGUGAAUGGAAGGCACAACUUCAACAAAAAAAUAGGCUUAUUAAAUGUGAAUGGAAAGCACUCAAUCAAUAAGCUUGUCAAAAGGAAGAAAAUGUUGCAAAAAGGUUAGAUGUCAAAAACCAGAGGACCCUACUUCCUCUUAUAUUUCCUACUCUUAUUCGAUGCCAAAACCUUUAAACUAUUCCACACCACAAGAUAGCAGUAAACAUGCACACCAACCACUAUAUUUGGGAGCCUUCCCAAAUCUGCGAAAAUGGUCUGCCAUGUGGCAGUCAACUUCACUGCCUCGCAAUUCAUCAAUUCGAAAAGAUUUCGUACCGAUUUCUGAUUUUCAAUCUUGAUUCUACUCAAAUUGAUUCUAUGUCACCCAAACCCCCAAUUCAGAAACCCUAAUCACUUUUUCCCUUUUCUCUAUCAACCCACGAGGAUGAAUUGACGAGAGACAUGAGAACUUUGGUAGAAAAGAUGAGAGAGAUGAGAGAAAAAGGGUGAAAAAGGAAGUGGAGAACUUAAUUUUACAAAAAUACCCUUAACUUAACGAAGCUUUUUAACAUAAAUACCAAAAUGAUCGAUGGUGAUUUUGAAUCUCAAGGAUUAAAGUUAUGAGUUAUGUAAAUCUCAAAAACAAUAUUGACUAAAAAGCCUAUUUCAUAUACUACGUCAUUUUGAGUAGUGGUAAAGAACUUCAUUACCCUUUAAAUUACAGUGACCGUUUAACUACCGUUCCCGCCAACUCCCCAUCUUCUCGACCUUCACCCACUCCGGUAAUCCUGAGCUCCACUCUACAACCAUGAGCAGAGCAUGCCGUGAGGCGGAGCAGCGAGUCCUCCGCCUCCUCCAUGGCCACAAAACCCGAACCCAUCUCCGCCAAAUCCACGCCCACCUCCUCCGCCAUGGCCUUGGCCAAGUCAAUCAAGUCCUCGCCCACUUCGUCUCCGUUUGUUGGUCACUCAACAAAAUGAGCUACGCAAAUCGCAUUUUCAAUCAAACCCACAACCCCAACAUCCUCCUCUUCAAUUCCAUGGUCAAAGGAUUCUCACUCUGCAAACCCUUCGAACAAUCCCUAUACAUUUUCUCUCUCAUGAAAUACCAGAUGAUCCGCCCCGACGAGUACACUUACGCGCCGUUGCUCAAGUCAUGCUCGAACAUUUGCGAUUACAGACUAGGCCAGUGCGUCCAUGGACAGAUUCUAAGAGUUGGGUUUGAAUGGUUUAGUUCGAUUAGGAUUGGAGUUAUUGAGCUUUAUGUAACUUGUGGGAGAAUGGGGGAUGCUGAGAAGGUGUUUGAUGCUUUGUCUCAGAGAGAUAUCAUCGUUUGGAAUUUGAUGGUUCGUGGGUUUUGCAAGACAGGUGAUGUCGAUAAGGGAUUGUGUUUGUUUAAGCAGAUGGGUGAACGGAAUGUUGUUUCUUGGAACUCGAUGAUUUCUUGCUUAGCGCAUAGUGGGCGAGAUAGUGAGGCUUUGGAACUUUUUCGUGAGAUGCUUGAUCAGAGUUUUGAACCAGAUGAAGUGACUGUGGUUUCGGUUUUGCCUGCGUGUGCUCAUUUGGAAGCUGUUGAAGUUGGGAAAUGGAUACACUCUUAUACGGAUUCUAAAGGACUUCUGCAAGAAGUUGUAUCUGUAGGGAAUUCACUUAUAAACUUUUAUUUUAAAUGUGGAGACUUGGAUGCUGCUUGUAGUGUUUUCGACCAAAUGCCUUGCAAAAACGUUGUUUCCUUGAACACUCUGAUUUCGGGAUAUGCUUUUAAUGGGAAAGGUGAACUUGGGAUCAGCUUGUUCGAGAAGAUGAUAAGCAAGGGCGAGAGACCUAAUGAUGCAACAUUUGUUGGGGUUUUAACAUGUUGUGCUCAUGCAGGCUUGGUGGAAAAGGGAAAGGAUUUGUUUGCUUCAAUGAUUGAGACUCACCAAAUUGAGCCAAAACUAGAGCAUUAUGGAUGUAUGGUUGAUGUUCUCGGGCGAAGCGGACAGGUGAGGGAGGCUCAUGACCUGAUUAAGAGUAUGCCUACGAAACCGAAUGCUGCUUUAUGGGGUGCACUGCUAGGUGCUUGCUCUAGUCACGGUGAAGUAGAGCUCGCGGAACUCGCAGCUAAAGAGCUUAUCAAUAUCGAACCAUGGAAUUCAGGUAAUUAUGUGUUGCUGUCAAAUAUUUAUGCAGAAGAAGGCAGGUGGGACGAAGUUGAGAAAGUUAGAGAUUUGAUGAGGGAAAACUGCAUCAUAAAAGCACCAGGGCAGAGUGCAAUUGAGUAGUCAUGAAUUUUAAGUUCAGUGAAGAUGUAACCUUCAUUUUU